UUUAAAAUAAUUAAAUUAAAUUAUUAAAUAUAAAUUAAAUUUUCGAAUUAGGCUUUUUUUUUUAAAUAGCAUGCCAAAUCUUUUUUUUUUCUUUUACCUUAGACAAACACGCCUUUACCAAAGAAAGACCAACAACCUCACCAUCAUCCGCCAUUGCCAAAGCCGACCAGUCACCAUCUUAUCUCAGAAAAAUAUUACAUUGACUAUCCUUUUAUGAGCAUAUGUUCCACAUGUAUAAUAUCUAAAUUAAAAUUUGGAUCUAUUUUUAGCUCUAAAAUACAAGUAAUGGAUCUAUUUAGUGAAAUUUUAACUUCUGAAAAGUCUGACCUUAGGUUAAAAGUUUCAGAAGCAAAUUGACCCUUUUUGUCUAAUUUAUUUGGUAAUGAUGAACAUGGGGGCUGCAUGGUUCUGUGCAAUCAUGGCUUUGGUUGUUAUAGUGUGAAAAGAAUAAAGAAAGUAAGAAGAAACAGUCUGAAGCUAUUACAAACAAAAAAACCAUAUUGUCCAAUGCAGUGGCAGUUGAGCUAUGACUGACCAUGGUUGGCAAUGUUGACUUUUGAUACGACAUAUCCAAUGAUCAAUUUUAACUAGAAUCUCCUGCCAAUAAUUACAUCUCCCCUGAAACAUGAAACUGUGAAAAGACAGCAUAAUACAAACUAUCUCUCUCCCUGUGUACGUACUUCAUCGAAAGAAAAAGUAGCUUACUAUCGUCAUUUUCUUUUCUCAUUUUGUACAUGAAACUGGUGCCAUGGAGAAGAAGAAGAAGCCUCUGUUAGGAGAAACAAGCAGUGGCGCUCGCAGUUCUAACGAAACAGGUCGAACGGCGGCGUAUAAUCGCCGUUCUGACGCAAUCACUCGCGGUUCUCGUUACCAGAAAGCAGCUGCGCUUGUCGAUCUGGCUGAGGAUGGAGUUGGUUUACCUGAGCAAAUUCUAGAGCGGUCAAGUUUUGAAAGUGCUGCAAAGUUUUAUUUUAUUUACAUUCAGUUUGAUUUUCUUUGGACGAUCAAUUAUUUUGCAAUUAUAGUCCUGAAUUUCUUGGAGAAACCUUUAUGGUGUUCAAAUAAUCAUUCUGGACAUUCUUGCACAGAUAGGGAAUACUUCUAUCUUGGACAGUUGCCUUACUUGACAUCCGCAGAGUCUCUUAUUUUUGAGGGAAUAACUCUUUUUAUACUCGUAGCUCAUGUUUUCUUUCCAAUUUCAUACGAAGGAUCUCUUAUUUUUUGGAAAAAUCCUCGGACUCGGUUCAAGGUCAUUUGCCUGUCAAUUUUGGUAGCCGAUUUCCUGGUUUAUACUCUUUAUCUGUCUCAUGUGGCGAUCGAUUACCUUCCUGUUAGAAUUGCUCCGUAUAUCAGAGUUAUUCUUUUCAUCUUAUACAUAAGGGGAUUGCAGAAGGUGAUGGUCAUUCUGGCUGGAAUGCUUGGAACAUACUUAAAUAUCUUGGCUGUAUGUCUAUUAUUCCUUGUGUUUUCAAGUUGGGUAGCCUAUAUAAUGUUUGAAGAUACUCAGCAGGGAGAAUUAGUUUUUACUUCAUAUGGUAAAACAUUGUACGAGAUGUUUAUUUUAUUUACCACAUCCAACAAUCCAGAUGUAUGGAUACCAGCCUACAAGGCUUCACGUUGGUAUUGCCUGUUUUUUGUUCUCUACGUGCUACUGGCGGUGUACUUUAUCACCAGCUUGAUCCUUGCGGCUGUAUAUGACAGUUUCAAAGGCCAGCUUGCGAAACAAGUUUCUCAGGCAGACAGAAUAAAGAAAAGCAUGUUAGUCAAAGCCUUCAACCUCAUCGAUGAGUAUAACGUCGGAUAUGUAAAUAAGGACCAAUGUUUUCGUUUGUUGGGAGAAUUAAACAGAUUCAGGACUCUGCCAAAAAUAUUAAAAGAAGAAUUUGAGUAUAUAUUUGAAGAGCUGGAUGAUACCCGUGAUUUCAAGAUCGAUUUGAAUGAAUUUGGUGACCUAUGCGAUGUAAUUGCAGUAAGAUUCCAAAAGGAUGAUAUUCCAUCUUGCUUCGAGUAUUUUCCAUCAAUCUAUCAUUCUCCCUUCUCUGAAAAUCUGAAAGCCUUCGCCAGAAGCCGCAAGUUUCGCUACAUAAUUUUCUUCACUCUUGUCGUCAAUCUGAUUGCUGUUAUCAUUGAAACAACGCUUAGUAGAAAAAAUGAUUCUGGUCAAAAACUGUGGCAAAGGAUAGAAUUUGUCUUUGGGUGGAUCUAUUUUCUGGAAAUGGCACUCAAGAUAUAUGCUUUCGGAUUUGUAAACUAUUGGAGGCAUGGCCGAAACCGCUUUGAUUUUCUGAUCACUUGGGUAAUAGUUACUGGAGAAACUAUAACUUUUGCAUCCCCUGAUGGACUGAUUUUCCUUUCAAAUGGAGAAUGGAUUCGUUACCUCCUCUUGGCAAGAGUGCUGAGAUUGAUAAGGUUGUUUAUGUAUUCCACGAAUUAUCGAGCUUUUGUUACCACAUUCUUAAACCUCAUGCAAAGUUUGAUGCCAUAUCUGGGCUCAGUAUUUUGUGUCCUAUGUAUAUAUUGCUCUCUUGGUGAACAGAUCUUUGGUGGAAUAGUUAAUGCUGGGAACCCCAACCUGCAGGACACAGAUCUUGCUGAGGCAGAGUAUUUACUUUUCAAUUUUAAUGACUAUCCAAAUGGAAUGGUGACACUUUUUAAUUUGCUUGGGAAUUGGCUACCCUGGAUGCAGAGCUACAGGGUUUUGACUGGAAAUUCUUGGACCCUUGCAUACUUCAUCAGCUUCUACCUUAUAACUGUUCUAUUGCUUUUGAAUUUGGUUGUUGCAUUUGUCUUGGAAGCAUUCUUUGCUGAAAUGGAACUUGAGAAAUCAGGGCAAUGGGAAGAUAGGGCUGCAAAAGGAGCAAAGCCCCGGCGCUUCGGCACAAAAACUUUUAGUCAAAGAGUGGAUAUUCUUCUCCAUCAUAUUUUGAGCUCAGAGUUGGAUCAAAAUCGCUCCUAACCAACUUUUUGAUCUAUAGGGGAACUAUAUAAUAUUGCUAGCUGUUGGCUUAAUCAAAAUAAAGCUUAAGAUCAACUGAAUCAAUCAUAUAAAUAUGAGGGAAGGAAAUGGCUGUCUGGCUAACUAAGCCUCCAGUGAAAGGAAGAAAAGGGGAUGCAAAGAAAACCGAGUUUACACUCGUUAAUGCAAAUGCAAGCUUUCCACAUCAAUCAGGACCUGAAGAAACACUCAUCUUCAAGAUAUUAGUGUUACCACUUGAGCCAAGUUAUUGUUCAAGUUAAAAUCAUUCCACAUGAAUAUGAAUAUCAAGUGAUCUCCAUCAAAGAUCAUCACUCCCAACUCCCAAUUGUAAGAAUUUGGCAACCUCCUGUCUUUUUCUUUUUUUUCCUAAACCACACUCGUAUACCGACAGCAGUUUAUACAAUUCAGUGUUGGAGUGAUCCUCAGGAAGGAGGAGAAGAUGGUUGGUGUAGAUUAAGUGUACUACUCUUAUUACAGGGUUUCUUAUGGAAUCUUGGUUUGCCACUGCUGUCACUUUCUCUCUAUCAAUAACGCAUAACCCUCGAAUGCUUAUUCUUAGGUUUUCUAAACAGGGAUGCAGGAGGAGAAUCUGGGUUUCUCAUGGCAAUUGUGAUUUUUGUUGUUGUCACUGGAACAAGGCAUAACAUUGCUUGCAUCUCAUAUUUGUAUCUUACAACAUAUUUAACAGGCAACAAACUCAAUACGUACGUCACUAAUGAUUUCUAUGGGAAGGAACGGUAGUAUUAUACUGUUUCUUGAUUCAUUUCUCUAUGUAAUGUGAAACUCCUGUUGAUGAUCUUUGGUAAGGUAGACUUUUAGAGGAAGAAAAGGAGAGAGAGAGAGAAAUGGAGAACAAUCUCACUUUUACAAAUUGACUACUGCAAUUGGAAAAAGAAAAAAAAAAAAAAAAAAAACAAAGAACUCCAAUUGCUAUCUUUUAACAGGCCCAGCAAGUUCCUCUUUAUAGAGGGAAAUU